AUGGCCACCCAGGUAAUGGGGCAGUCUUCUGGAGGAGGAGGGCUGUUCACAGGCAGUGGCAACAUUGGCAUGGCCUUGCCUAACGACAUGUAUGAUUUGCAUGACCUCUCCAAAGCUGAACUGGCGGCGCCCCAGCUUAUCAUGUUGGCAAAUGUGGCCUUAAGUGGGGAAGUAAAUGGCAGCUGCUGUGAUUACCUGGUUGGUGAAGAAAGACAGAUGGCAGAAUUGAUGCCUGCUGGAGAUAACAACUUUUCAGAUAGUGACGGAGAAGGACUUGAGGCGUCUCCUGAAAUAAAAGGUGAACCCAGUGGACUGGAAAACAUGGAACUGGAAAGUUUGGAGCUCAGUGUUGUAGAACCACAGCCUGUGUUUGAGGUGUCAGCUGCCCCAGAAAUUUACAACUCAAAUAAAGAUCUUCCUCCUGAAACACCUGGAGCAGAGGACAAAUGCAAGAACUUGAAGAGCAAACCUUUUCGCUGUAAACCAUGCCAGUAUGAAGCGGAAUCAGAAGAACAGUUUGUGCAUCACAUCAGAGUUCAUAGUGCCAAGAAGUUUUUUGUGGAAGAAAGUGCAGAGAAGCAAGCAAAAGCCAGAGAAUCUGGGUCUCCCACUGCAGAGGAGGGAGAUUUCUCCAAGGGCUCCAUUCGCUGUGACCGCUGCAGCUACAAUACCAGUCGAUAUGAUCACUAUAUCGCUCACCUGAAACACCACACCAGAGCUGGGGAUAAUGAGCGAGUCUACAAGUGCAUCAUUUGCACAUACACCACAAUCAGCGAGUAUCACUGGAGGAAACACUUGAGAAACCAUUUUCCAAGGAAAGUAUACACAUGUGGAAAAUGCAACUAUUUUUCAGACAGAAAAAAUAAUUAUGUUCAACAUGUUCGAACUCAUACAGGUAAGAGUACCUUGUAG